ACCGUGGAAGCUGAUUGGUUCAAGAAUCAUGUGACUCUGUGACCAUUGGUCUAUAAACUUCCUCGAAGCUGCAAACGCGCGAAAUAUUUAACAGUCGGUUUCAGUCGUACUGUCCUGUGUGACUACAUUUAUAUGUUAUUUGUGUACUGUAUUUACUUAAGUAAAGCUUAUUUAAGUCAAAAUGGACUGUGUGGAUUUCCCAAGAGUUCUGCCAAAUUCACCAAGGAAAGCACGGGGACAAAUUCAGGUAAUCUUUGGACCAAUGUUUUCAGGCAAAAGCACUGAACUGAUGAGGAGAGUGCGCAGGUUCCAGAUAGCCCAGUACAACUGCUUGGUGAUCAAGUAUGCAAAGGACACUCGUUAUUCUGACACAGGCGUGGCAACACAUGACAAAAACAUAAUGGAAGCUGUACCAGCCACUCGUCUUGGAGACUUGCGGCCUCAGGCAUUACAAGCCUGUGUCAUUGGAAUAGAUGAAGGACAGUUUUUUACAGACACCGUGGAGUUUUGUGAAGAAAUGGCCAAUUUAGGGAAGAUAGUCAUUGUAGCUGCCUUGGAUGGAACCUUUCAGAGAAAACCCUUUGGAAACAUCCUGAACCUCAUCCCUCUAGCGGAGAGCGUGGUGAAGCUCCACGCCGUCUGCAUGCAGUGUUACAAAGAGGCUGCCUACACCAAGAGGAUAGGAGCAGAGAAGGAGGUGGAAGUGAUUGGUGGAACUGACAAGUACCAGGCGGUGUGUCGAAAGUGUUACGGAGGUCUGGUGGUGCAAAAAGAGAACAGCGCUCCUUUCAAGAGCGAAACUCCACAAAACGCCUACGGAGGAAAAGUUGUAGACUCUACGUUUCCCAGGAAGAUUUUCUCCUCUCUCCAACUUUGAACAAAAAAAAGACUUGCUGCAAAAGUUGAGCAGUGGGAACAAAUCCUGUAAUCAAUUGUUUGUGUGUGCGCAUUGGAGUGGCUUUCCUUAAAUCUAAAUGUUUUUCUGUUAUUUUAAGGUGCCUCUAAGUUACUGCUAAAUAACUAAAUUUGAACAUAAUAAUGUAUUUCCUUUGUUGGUAUUAGGUGUUGUAUAGGUGCAUGUAUUUUAAUUUUUUCAUAAUAUAAAGUUGCACUUAAAUGGCCAUAAACAAUGAUUUAAGCAACUUAUUAACUUUCAUAGGUUUAACUACUCUGUGGUUUUAAUAUGUAGUUUUAGUUUCUUUCAACAUCUUUAUCUUAAGCCUGCCUAAUGUAAGAUAUUCAAUUAUUUUGUUAAACUAAAUGUAUGGUGGUUUCUUAAUGAACUUAAAUGAUGCUUAUUUUCAGGUUCAUAUUUGUAUUUAGUGUCUACUGUGACAUGUUUCCAUGCUCUAAUGUUCAAAAAGCUCUUUAUUUUUCGGUACGUCCACACAGCAGCUUUUCAAAAAUCUUGGAGCUGGGCGUGUCUGAAAGCUUGGGGAUUUUUUGCGAGCAACGCGACCAACAACCAAUCACAUGAAUCUCCCGCCCCCGACAUACAAAGCAAAAAAAACCAAUAGUAUGAAGCUGCAGCGUCGGAGACGACACUUGUAGAACCACACACACAGGUCCCGCGUCACGUGACGGGAACCACACACACAGGUCCCGCGUCACGUGACGGGAACCAUAUUCUGUUGCACGUUCACAUGAAUGUUUAUAUGUAUAUUCUGUUAAUUUAGUUGAGAAUUUCAAAAAUGAAUAAAAAUGAAUUUCAAAAAUAUA